ACUCCCGUUUGGAGGUAUUUGAAUUACGGAAUGAUUCAGCAGAAAUUAAUUGGCAAAAUCAAACUAAAACUUUCAGCAUCUCUAACGAUACGUCAGCAUAUAUUCUACUUGGAUCUCUUCAGAGAUUUCACAAUAUGAAAGAGCUUCAACUACGUGAUUGUAAUUACAAAAUUAAGAGGCUAUCGAAUCUUUCAAGUCUUGAAGUUCUAUAUGUAUAUAACUCUGGAAUGUUGUUGAGUCCACUGCUAUCUACACCUUCUUCUCAGAAUCUUAAAGUUCUUCAGGUAGAAUGCUGCUAUGGGCUCUUUAACUUAAUGACACCUUCAAUGGCUAGAAACUUGGUACAAUUGAGAGAAUUAAGCAUAUCAUGGUGUACCACGCUAUUUGAAAUAGUAGAAAACGAGAGAGAUGCAACAUCGAGUAGUGAACAAGUUGUUUUUAACAAUUUGAACAAAUUGUCACUUAAAAAUUUAGAAUUUCUCUCAUUCUUUUGCUCUGGAAAUUACUCUUUCAAUUUCCCAUCUUUGGAAGAGUUCAUUAUAAAAGGAUGCUCCAAUAUGAAGUCUUUUUCUCAAGGAAUGUUAAGCACACCAAAGUUACAUAAAAUUCAGUAUGAGAGCGAGGAGGUAGAAAAUGAAAGGAAUGAUUUGAAUUCAACUAUACAGCAAGCACACAGAGAAAAGGUUGACUCCGAUAUAAAGACAUUGGAAUUAAAUGGAAGGGAUAUCAUGGCGAUUUGGCAAGGAGAGUUUCAAAAGAACUUUUGCGUAAUAGAAACUCUUGAAUUGAUUAUGGAUGAAAAUACAUAUAUUCCGAUUCAAAUCCUUCAGAAAUUUGUCAAUCUUGAAAAUCUUAUAUUGAAAGUGAGUUCAUAUGAAGAACUAUUCUCGUUUGGAGAAGAUGAAGAGGACAUUGGAGUAAUCACAAACUUAAAACAAUUAAAAUUGUGGGGGCUUUUUAAUCUGAAGUGCAUUUCAAAGCGAGACUCCCAACUGAACUCAAUUCUUCAAAAUCUUCAUUCUUUAGACAUAAACUAUUGUCACAAUUUGACUACUUUGUUGCUGCCUUCACAAUCUUUUGAAAAUCUAAGGACUUUGAGGGUAUAUCAUUGUAAUAAAAUGCAAAACUUAAUGACAUCCUCAACAGCCAAAAGUCUAAUGUGUCUUGAAAGUUUGUCAAUACGAGAAUGUGAAAUGAUGGUAGAAGUAUUAGCAACUGAGGGAGAUAUAGAGAAUGGUGAAAUUGUUUUUAAGAAAUUGAAGUACUUGACCUUGAGUGGUAUAGAAAGUCUCACACACUUCUACUAUGGGAAUUACACCUUAAAAUUCCCGUUCUUGGAAAUAUUACUUGUGCAUGGAUGCUCCAAGAUGAAAACUUUCUCUAGAGAAGGCUUAAGCAUGCCAAGGUUACAAAAUGUGAACUGGAAAGACUGUUCAAGUGACCCAAAUUCAGUUACACAACAAUUACAAAAUGAUUGUGCAAGGUUAUGGGAAAGAUUCCCAUACUAUUAAACUGCAAAGUCACAUGCAAAGCAGAGUUUUUGCAACCCAAAAGGAUUCUUGUGACGUGGGAUGUUCAUAUAUAAGCAAUAUCUCGUGUUUUGUCAAUACGGAAUUCCCCUAUGAUGUUACACAUUGGUAUAACUUUAUGUGGAUAUUCGAAGAUGUUGCUUUUGAUAAUUUCUCUGUUCCUACUAUUCUAUCCGUUCGUUAUCUCUGCACCUUCAUCACUGAUGUGGGAAAUAUGCUUUUUGUAGCAAUCUUUUCUUUGACUUGGAUAUAUCUUUCCACAGGUGUCUAUUAAGAAGAGAACGCUGAAAUGUAUUGCAGAUUACAUUGUUGAUGUAACUUGUAAACCGGCUGGACUCAGUCACAACUAUGGAGCCAUAUUUAUCGUGUAAAUUGUCUUGUUUAAUUCUCAAGUAUAUUCACUUCCAUGUUUGCGUCUGAAGUUUCUAGUCUCAAAUCCAUGUUUCCUGCCUGUUUCCAUCUUCUGGUGUGUUUUCAGCCUUUUCCUCUGUAAUUCCCUGGAGGUCUCUGGGUCUCUGUGUUUCUUCUCUGCAUCGGCCUAGCUUCUUCCCGUGAGUUCUUGGGUCCUGUGGAGGUGCCGUUCUGCUGCUGGUCUAUUUUGGCUUGGGUUGGCUCUCUGCAGCUGCUUUGGUGCUGAAAUCCUCUCCUGUUCUCUUGCUUUUCUCCUUCUGUGGAGUUGCUGAUUCCUGCAUCUCUCUCCCCUGUUGGUUCUCUCCUGCAUUGGGGUUCAUUGGGUUUGUUGGCCUUUUGCUGCCUUGCUGCUGCCGAAUUUGAGUUCUUGGCUACCGGUUCUGCUGGCACGUUCCCUCGUUUGAUGGUUGCUGCUUUCUUAAUCCUUUCUUUCCCUGCGUCCUUUCUUGUCUCUCCUGGAGCGUUCCAGCAGUGUUUUUGUGUGGGUGGUUCUUGGUUGUGGUUCCAGUAAGUUGCGUCUUAGUGAAAUGGUUGCACAUUGGUCCAUUUCUGUGUUUGCUUCUGGUUCCUGGGAUGCUGCAUGCUGCAUCAGGUGUGUGCCGGUUGACGCUUCAUACUGUUGGCUGGGCUCUUCUUGCUGUCUUUGGCGACCUGCCAUGGCUGGAUGUGCUGGGUUCAUUGUUAUUUUAAUUUCAGUUGGGUCGUCUCAAGUACGCUUUCUGUUCUUAAGUGGUUUGUUGUUGGUUUGCAAUUGAGUGAGUUUUAGCCAUUGGGCUCGUGAUGUUGUACUUAGAGUGUGUUUUUAUAAUGUUUUUAAUACCGAAAUGGUGAUUAAAUUGAUUGUCUCA